UACUAUAUUUAGAUGUAUUAGUUUCUGAAUCAAUUUUGCAGUUUUUCAUUGCUUUAUAUAACGUGCUCUUCAAAUUUUCCCGUCAAAUAUAAUAGCACAAGAAUAUACAUAUACACACAUAUAUGCAGCUGUUUUUUUUUUUUUAAGAAUUAAAUAUGAAUAGAGUUUUAUGGCAUGUAUAUGUAUAAUUGUAUGCUAUUCUUUAAUAAAAAACCAGAGAUUCAAGUUUUGGUGAAGAAGAGCACAACAGCUCGCGAAUAUUCUUAUUCACCCUAUAGUAAGUUCAAAGUUGGAGCUGCAAUACUUUGUACCGAUGGGACCACUUUUACAGGCUGCAACGUAGAGAAUGCAUCUUAUCCUGUUGGAACGUGUGCUGAAAGAACUGCUAUUGUAAAAGCAGUGUCAGAAGGAAAACGAAAAUUCAAAGCAUUAGCAGUAGUAGCUGAUAAAGAACAGAAUACUUUUACCACUCCGUGUGGCUUCUGUAGGCAAGCUAUCGUAGAGUUUGGUGAUAUACAAAUUUAUUUGGCAGGGCCUGACAUGAAAACUGUAUUAAAAACUUCAAUCAGCAAGCUAUUACCUCGUGCCUUUGGCUUUGGAAAUGCAGAAAUAUUACAAUAAAUAAUUUCUAAAGUAUGUUUUUAUAUGAUUCAAUAGCUCUGAAAUAAAAUCAUUUAUUUUGUACUCAUUAA